AAUGCAAAUUUAAUCUUCCCUGAAAAAAAAAGUUGAAAAAAAAAAAAGUUGCAGAGUUGCAGAGCAUAGUGGUGCAUCAAUGGCGAAUCUGAGAAGGACCCGGAAGAGGGUUCACGGAAUCCCUCGUGCUCCAGAUGGAAGUGCUUUUCAAAAGUGCAACACCUGUGGGGCUUCGGUGCCCAUUGCUUUGGCUGGCAUGCACGAGUGUGAUCUCAAUCCGAAGGUGAAGAGGUUCAAAGGCGUAUGCCUAGAUGUUCAGAAACAGAGCUUUUAUGACCAACUCAUAGUCAUGUCACCUUUUCAUUUCUUCAUGAAAGAGUUUACCAAGACCAGCAAGGCUGGAAAUUGGGUUGCCAUUAACCGAGAAGGGUUUGAGGCAUGGAAGAACAUGUCCGAGAAGGAGAGGCAACCAUAUGUUGCAGAAGCUGAAAAGGUUGACAAGGCUUAUGAGAAAGCUUUGCUUGAAGAAGCAGAUGAUAAGCUAAAGGUAGAUGAUGAGGCAGAUUCAGCGAUGGCCGGGAACAAUGGGAAGGCUGGUGAGUUUUAUGGAGACUAUGAGAAUUCUGAUGGCACUGAUGAGCUUUGGGACAACUAUGGUAGAGCUGGAUCCUGGCAGACCUACGCUCGGCCAAUAGGGUAUGAGUUUCCCUCAGGCAAAUGGAGUAUGAUUUUUGAAGACUCUGAAGUUUGAGAAAUCGCCUUAAGGUUUCUUUUUCUUUUGCUGAUCAUUUUGGGCUGAUGCCAGCAUCCAAUUGGCAAUGGUGGAAAAUCUACAUCCUCAGAUUAUUUUCCCAUUACCUGUUUUCUCAAAGGCAAGUCAUUUUGGCUAUUGUAUAGUAGUAGUAGUGGAUUCAAACAAAAAGGGUUGAAAAAGUUUCAGUUUUUGAUGUGAGAUUGAGAUACUUGAGAAGUAGAUAUUUUGUUUAUAUUGUCCUUUGUAAAAUGUCUCACCUAGCAGUUCCAGAAGAAAGAGCUUCAAGUCUUUCUGUCAAACCCAUCGGCUAUGAUUGUAUUAAGUACAUGUUAAUUUGCUACU